AUGGUGAAAAAUCAGCAAUUGCCUGAUAUAAAUGAAAUCAAUGUGAAUGCAGCAGUGUUGCCAAACCCAACAAAUACUAUCGACACCUUAAUGAAUCACUAUUCAAGUUGGCAGCGUCUCAAGAGAGCUGUGGCUUGGUGGUUAAGGUUGAAAACAUUUUUGUUCGAGAGAGCUAAAGGUACGCCUCCAGAGAAAAAGGAACGCCUAACAGUAGAUGAGUUGGAAAAUGCUGAAAUGGCUAUAAUUAGAUACAUACAAAACCAGGAAUUUGCUGAAGAAAUCAAGAACUUACAGAGUCCAAGCAAAACAUUAUUACGCCUUGAUCCAGAGCUACGAGACGGAAUGCUAAGAGUUGGUGGCAGGCUGCAAAACGCAUCCAUUGGAGUGAAUGCCAGGUAUCCAUUUAUCCUGCCAAAACAUCAUCACAUAUGA